CCCUACAUUCUCUUUUCUUUUAUUCUUGUGUGUGCUGCCCCACUUUUAACCUCUACUGACCCCCAUCAAAGCACUCAAGAAGAAAAUGGCCCUAAGUGGAGUCCCCAUGCUAGGAUUUUUCAUCACAGCUCUCCUGAUGAGACUUCAGGAAUCAGAGGCUAUCAAAGAGGAGCAUGUGAUCAUCCAGGCUGAGUUCUAUCUGAAUCCUGACCCGUCAGGGGAGUUUAUGUUUGACUUUGAUGGUGAUGAGAUUUUUCAUGUGGAUAUGGAAAAGAAGGAGACGGUCUGGCGUCUUGAAGAAUUUGGACGUUUUGCCAGCUUUGAGGCUCAGGGUGCAUUGGCCAAUAUAGCUGUGGACAAAGCCAACCUGGAGAUCAUGAUAAAGCGCUCCAACCACACCCCAGACACCAAUGUACCUCCCGAGGUGACUGUGCUCCCAAACAAGCCUGUGGAACUGGGAGAACCCAAUAUCCUCAUCUGUUUCAUCGACAAGUUCUCUCCACCAGUGAUCAAUGUCACAUGGCUUCAAAAUGGAAAACCUGUCACUGUUGGAGUGUCAGAGACAGUCUUCCUGCCCAGGGAAGACCAGCUUUUCCGCAAGUUCUACUAUCUCCCCUUCUUGCCCUCAACUGAGGAUGUUUAUGACUGCAAAGUGGAGCACUGGGGUUUGGAUAAACCUCUUCUAAAGCACUGGGAGUUUGAAGCACCAACUCCCCUCCCAGAGACAACAGAGAAUGUGGUGUGUGCCCUGGGCCUGGUUGUGGGUCUGGUGGGAAUCAUCGUUGGGACCAUCUUCAUCAUCAAGGGUGUGCGCAAAGGCAAUGUUGUUGAACACCGAGGGCCUCUGUAAGGCACUUGCAGGUAAUGGACUUUCUUAGAGAGAAGAUCAAUGAAGAAACUGCUGCUUCAAUAGCUUUACUAACCCAGCAAUACUCCAUUUGUUCACUUCAGCAAAGACAACAAUUCUUCAGCACUUUCCAGCCCUUUAGCUACUCUAAGAAUAUUGAUUUCUUCCCAAUCUCUCUAUACGCUAAUAGCUAGUUAUUCCUUGUCUAUUGUCCCUUCUUAUUUUUGUUUUCUUUCCAUUUCCUACUAUCUUUUUAUUAUUACCAUGUAAUGCCUCUGUAAUAGACCCCACAGAAUUCUUCCUCCACUAUGGAACCUUUUGAACAUUCUACAGGGGUGUCUUCUGUAUACUUAUUGCUUGGGCCUUCUUCAAACUGUGAUUGUGAUUUUUCUAAAUACAAUAAACUACUGAGUGGGUCUUAGGUGGA